UAAUGGUGGAACAGUGAACAGUUGGAUCUGCAUAAACUUUUCAAGGAAUGUGUAAGACAGUGUGGCUCGUAGUUUUUGUUCUGAGCUUGCACAAAUGUGUGUAAUUUCAGGAAUGGUAUUUCAUCGCGAACCUGUGCUUCCACUAAUCAGUGCCCGCCCUGAUCAGGUAGAAAGGGUCUUGAAAGCUCGGUUCCAUGAUGCUAUGACCAAACUGCAUCCUCAGGGCAAGGAGCUGGACCUGCUUAUUGUCAUUUUGCCUGAUAAUAAUGGUACUCUAUAUGGUGAUGUGAAGCGGAUUUGUGAGACAGAUCUUGGCAUUGUUUCCCAGUGCUGGCAAAAUGACAAUAAGCAGGUCCAGCUCCUUGCCCUGAGGAUGCAGUUUGGUCAUAGCAUCAUGGGAUGA